CGACAAAAACAGCAAUGAACGAGUUCGACAUAUCAGCCGCGAUUGACUUCGGGACAACAUACUCGGGGUAUGCAUAUUGUUCUAAAAAUGACUUCAAACAGCAAUUCCCACCCAUCAAGACCAGCGCUUGGAAAUCAGGAACGGGAACCAGCGAUAAGUUCAUGAAGACUCCGACCACAGUUUUGUUUGAUAAGGACAAAACAUUUCACUCGUUUGGAUUUGAGGCAGAGAAAAAGUACCUGAAUCUAGUUUUAAGGGACAAACAUGAAUCUUGGUACUUUUUCAGGAAUUUCAAAAUGCGCCUCCACCAAAGGGAAGUUGAUAAAGGCAAAGAUCGCCUCAGCCUGGAUUCCAUCUUGGAGGACGAAAUGGGCAAAAGUAUCAAAGCCAUGGACGUGUUUACCAGCUCAAUACGGUAUCUUAAAGACCAUCUGCUGGGCGUAUUAGUGGAACAAGGCAUGAAAGACAAGGACGAGGCAAUGCAGAAGAUACAGUGGGUCGUUACAGUGCCUGCAAUAUGGACUGAUCCAGCCAAAGAGUUCAUGAAAGAGGCUGCAAUCAGGGCGGGUAUCGAUGAGAACAAGUUGCUCCUUGCCCUGGAACCAGAAGCUGCUUCUCUUUGUUGUUGGUCCAUGCACAAUCAGAGUCCUGAUGGUAGAAAAAUUAUCACACCGGGAACGUCAUACACUGUGUUAGACAUGGGAGGAGGAACAGUCGAUAUCGUAACACACAAAGUUGAAGAGAACCGGGCACUCGCAGAGAUACACCCACCUGUUGGUGGGGACUGGGGAGGGACCCAAGUCAAUAGCUCCUUCCUCAAUCUCCUCAUCAAGCUUGUGGGAGCACCAAUUAUCACUAAAUUCAAAAAUGAAAAAUUCUUUGAUUAUUUGGAAAUGAUGAGCGAGUUUGAAAUCAAGAAACAAUUUAUUUCUUUUGAAAAUGAUGAAGAAGUGGUGCUAAAGGUACCGGAGUCUCUGGUGAGGAUGUUCGAAGACGAAUCAGACGAAAAAUUAAUGGAUGUCAUCCAACAGUCGACCAUGGAUGGUGACUUAGAAUGGACUUCUGGAAGACUAAUAGUUCAACCAGAGCGCUUUAAAAGUUUGUUUUCAGUAUCCAUAGAUAAUAUCACAAGUAAACUGAAGGAGAUGUUUAAGGAAAAUGGAUCUCGAGAUGUGUCCACUCUGCUUCUUGUUGGAGGAUUCUCGGAAUCCCCUGUUCUAAAGAAAGCCAUCAGAGACACCUUCAGAGACAAACGGAUUGUUAUUCCUGAACAUCCAUCUAUGGCGAUUCUAAAGGGCGCGGUCAUAUACGGCCACGCCCCUCUGACUGUACAAACACGAAUAUGCAAAUAUACUUAUGGAUUCAUGGCUGUGAAACCUAUUCAAACUUCCGAAAGAAAUGUCCCGUUUGACAGAACUAUACAAGACGGACGAUUAGAAGCUGGAUUUUUUGAUAAACUUGUAGAGGUAGGCCAAGCAGUAGAUGUAGGAAGACACCAGGUAACGAAAACCUACAACAAAGUUUCGCCUUACCAAGCCUCAAUGAUUCUUAUGAUGUAUAUAUCAACCGCCAAAAAUCCCAAGUCUGUGACAGACGACACUUGUUCUCUAUUAGGUGACCUAACCAUCAGUUUGCCCUCUGACCCGCAAGCCGAGGUCAUAGUUUACACCACAUUUUCUGAUACCCAUCUCAUGGUUAAAGCCGAAGAGAAGAGAACUCACCAAAAGGUUACGGCUAAAUUUCAUUUUCUCAGAUGAUUUUCAUUUG